AGCUUCUUCAUUCAUUCAGUCCCAAGGCAAACCGUAAAGAAACUCAUCUUCUUAUUCGAUCGGAUUCAGCUUCGGCAUUCGGUAACUCCGCUGACUAAAUUAUGCUGAUUUUAAUGAAGCUAAUGUCUGUAUUCCUUAGCGGUCCUUAAAACUUAGAACUCAGGAAUUCCAUUAACGCAAAUGGAUUCUUUAGACGCUGUGCCAUCCGCUGAUUACGCAUCUUUGCUAACCUUAUCUCCACCUAAUGAGACUGCACUGCAAUUCACAGUUGACCGAAAUCAAAAUUUUAACAAACCCAAUCAAGUACAUAUUUAUGCUCAAGUCACUCAAAAUGGACACUGUCACGGAAAUGCAGCCCCAUGUCAAGAAUCGAAGACAAGUAAGAUGUCAAAAGUUGAAGUCAAAAGUAAAGUUAAUCUAAGCAAAACUUGUUUACCGGAUACAAGUUUACUCAGAAGCUCAGCACUUUCUUUAAGUCAUUCAAAUAGUGCUCCAGAUGUUAGACGACCCUAUCCAAAUCUUCCAAGUUUAUGUCCUAACAGUUAUGGAUCACUUAAUGUCACUAAAGUCGAUAGUAAAGUGCUCAAGAAAGAGACAGAAACCUCUAAUGAUUCGUCCGUGUUUUCAAUUAGUGGACGUAGAGUAGUGGUCUCAAGUGGCUUUAAAGGAAACAAUGAUAAAAAGAAAACUAAUGGUAUUCAUCUGCCUUCUACUACAGUUGAUGUACAAAAUGAAAGGGCGAGUGUUUGGUCUAGAAGAUCUUCCGUGGAUAGUCAGACCGAAACAAAGAGGCGGAAACUUCAAGUGUGUACGGACUGCUUUUCUCUAUGUCUCUUUGUUCCGGGAACUGUACUCUGCAUUCUUAGCCCUUGGUUAUUAGUGCCCAUAUAUAUAAUUCCAAACUUUUCUGGGAGUCAUUUCCAAACUCUUAUAUGGAUCAGCUGUAUUGGUUCUGCCAUAUUAGUUUUCAUGGGCUGCAUGGUAGGCAACCUCGUGUGGUACAGAAAAGGAGAAGAUUGGAAAUGUCGUCUACAUUGCGGAAAAGGACCUAAAAAUCAUUACUGGGGCGACAGUUUAACAUCAAGAAGAACGUUGCACACCGUUUGAUAAGAAAUUAGGCAUCAUUACCUAUUGGAAUCAAGAACCAAAUAUUAAGUCUGUUAUUUCAAAUUAAAAUUAUAAUAUCCUACUAAGUCACUGAAACUUAGAAAGAUCAUUUCUUAACAGUUUAGGCUGUUUAUGAUACGUCAGGAAACAGUUCAUUUUCAGAGUUUGGAAUAUACAACGUCUAGAACCUUAAAUGAGAGGUUUUGUGGCAGUACAAGAAUAAAUAAAGUUUUCAGCUAUGUUUCUAUAUGUUAUUUUCGAAUUUCUCAAAGUAAAAAAUUUUUAUUGUAUCAAAACGUGCCUUUUUCUAUUAUGUUAUAAGAAAUUAAAAUCACUUUUUCCAUGUGCCGAUGGUAUCAUGCUCAGCACAUCCAACUAAGAACUAGAAGAUCUCGCAUCUAAUAACAGAUUAUGGCAGCAUUGACCUCGCACAUUUCUUUCUUGGGUACUGAUACAGGCACGCAUCAAGAGGGAAAUAUGAAACAUCAGUGCCAUUAUCGGGAGUUGAUUCCAGGGUCUCAGUUACUAACUGGAUGUGCUGAAUACAGGGACAUAUCAGAACUUAAUUCCUUACAAAAUUAAAAUCAGCUUAAAUAAAUGAAAACUAAUUAUUAAGAGCUUAAAUUAAUUAUUUUAAAUAUAUAAUAGUUCUAAAAUGUUAUAAAAUUUAAAUUGAUACUACUUUAGUGACAAAAACUUGAAAUAGCACUUUCUUCAUUCAAUUCAUAACAUGUUUAGCAUGCAUUAAUGAACACGGUGAAUGAGGCAAACAUUAAGGGAAACAUGAGGACUGUUAAAUCAAGGCUAGAAUAAGUAAUCCAAAAAAUAUGCGUAUUUAAUUUGAUAUGUUAUUUUUCUCACACCCAGUAUACUAUCGAAUGAAAUAAACUUGCCCAAUAUUCUGUACCAUCUUUGAAGCUAUUUCUUGCAAGUCGGAGUUCUAUUUCUUGCAAGUCUUUUCAAAGCUUUCUCAGCCUUUACAGCUAUUAUUUUGGUCUCAAAAUGUACUUUUUAGUAGUAGGAUAAAGAAAGAGUUAGGUGGAGUUAAGCCUGGACUAUAUUAGAGCUUGGGCUUUAUGAAUUUUUCAUAAAAGUAAGCUCGUAUAAUGGUAAAAAUAUGUGGUCUUGCGUUAGUGUGACCACAUAUUUUUACCAUUAUACCUAGUGAGCGUUUCCUUUGAUUUUUCAAAAAAGAUAUUUUUUGGAUUAUGCUUCAUUAAGGAUUACAGUACAAGUAUUUACCAUCUUUCACCUAAUGCAGUACAGGAAAACCUGGUCUACCACUUAUUUUAGAAUUCUGACGCCCAGUUUUUAAUUUUCCCAAUCAAGAAAACAAUAACUGAUCAGCAGGUGAUGGAAGCCUACAAGUUGACUGAAGAAUUUUGGAAAUUUCUGGGAGUAUUUUAUCGACUAAAGGAUUUCAUGAAGUUUCUGUAGCUAUUUUGUCCAGAUAAAAGCGUGAAUGACAGAAUAAUUGUUAAUAAUUUUGGGUAUUUUUUAAAGCAAGCUUAAAGGAGAAAAAUAACUACUUUACUAUAUUUUAAUUGCAUUGCACGGUAAAAACUAAACCUCAGCCCUUGAAGGAAAUGGCUUUGAAUUAUUCAUCCCGACUAAGGCUUCUUUUCCUAGGGAUCAGGCAUCCCGUUUUCGUGGGAAAAGUAAUCUGUUUAUUGUUUUGCAUUUCGAGGAAACUUUUCCCAUCUUGAGAAUUUUUUUAGAAUAAUUCACUUCUCUUAUAUUAGUUUGUUUUAAAUAUCAAUUAAGAGUGAUUUUUCUUUAAUUUUAGAAUAAAAAGAUCAUUUGUUAAACUUACUAGUAGAUUCACGAAUUUGAAAUUGCAUAAAAUAAUGAAGAAGUACAAUUGUUGUCUGUUUUACUUUAACAUUUAAAUAAAGGUGAAAUUUAUAUUACCGUAUACGCUCGUGUAAUGUCCGCAACCCAACUUUACAGAUGAAAUUUAUGUAAAAAAAAAAGUGACCCGCACAAUGUCCGCACCCCAAAAACUAAGAAUUUUUUACUUUAAAAUAUAUUUUUUAACAUCGCCUCUUUACUUUCAGUCAAUAACAUUAGUCAGUAAAGAUCUUUAAAGAAAGAAUAUGCGUUUCUUUUGUCUUUGGUUGGCGCCAGGAUGGGAAGCAGAGACUUUCCUUGUAUUCUGGUGCAGCUGUUAUACAGUGUAGUGUGUUUGUAAAUUUUAGGUAGCUAUAAGAAAACUUUAAAUUUGAUACUUUUAUUACUUAUGCCAUUUUCUUAUACUUAGCUUGGUUGUUUGAAAUGAAAUUUACACCCAAAAUUACUCACGAGUAAAAGCGCAACAUUUGAACGACCCGUGUAAUGUCCGCACCUGCAUUUUAGUGAUGUAAUUUUAGUAAAAAAAGUGCAGACAUUACGUGAGCAUGUACGGUAAUUCUGAUUUGGCUACUGGACUUUCACCACUACCAAAAUUUGAAUUUUCUAAGAAAGUAUUGAUCAGGCUUUUAAUGAAGCCUUUUAAUGAAGCCAAAGCUUUGAACAUUAUUUGCUUUUUGCAAGCAGUAGAAAGUAAUUAUGCAAGCCUGUAACGUUUGAAGAGGUUAUUUAGCCUUAAGCAACACUUAGGCAAACCUUUCCUCAAAUCCGGAAAUACUAUUCGAGCAUAGAUUUGAAAAAAUAGCUUUUAGUUAUCUGAGACAUGGAUGGAAAUAGAGCUUCCAAUAUUAUGUGCACAGUAGAUCCUGAAAUCUACUCAAGCUUUAUCUCCGUUUAAGCAAGAAAAUAUUCCUGAAAUCUGAUAAUCUUUGCUAUAAACAACUAAAAUUAACGGUUAAAGGGUCAAUACCUUGAUUCUUUUAAGAAGAUGCAUAAAAAUUUGUUUUGAGUAUAAAUUUCGAAGGUUUAUCGAAAAAGACUUUUUAAAAAAAAUUCCAAUUUGCUUUAUUUUGCACAAAUUUAACAGAAAAUAAGAAAAUAUUUUUAAUUCUUGCUUAUGAAGUGUGUAAUUUUUAGCCAUGCAAGCAUAGACAAGUGACAUUAUUCCUGGGAUCCCGGGAAGGCAAAAUGUGCAUAUUUGAGAAACGACUUCUUUAACCAGACGCGCCGACAGCUGUUCAGCACUAUCUGUACUUUUCCACGAAAUUUAGUGUUAGUAUUUAUUGAAUAUUACAUGUAUUGCAAUUUCAGCAUUUCUACUUUGUUUUAAUCACUCUUUCUGAAAAUCUGCUACUAUUAACUGUUCUUCAGAAAAACUGCUUUCUAAGAGCUAAGUUAUAGGAUCUCUUCAGGAUGCCUACCGAGUAAAAGUAUUUCGUGCCAACUUACGCAAGAGAAAGUACUAAAUUUUGAUUUAAAAAACGAACAGUACAUUCUUAAUUAUUCAAUACGCUACUUACACAUAAUUUUACAUAGAAAUAAAAUGCUAAAAUAACUCAUUCAUUUUUUAAUCCCGUUUUGUUAACAUGAUUAACUCUUCAGAAAAAGUAAAUUUUUCAUUUGAUUUUUGUUUUGGCCAAAAGAAAUCGGUUUGGUAGACAAAGGUGUUUGUAAACGAUUUAUUAUUUUAUCCUUGUUUAUUGCUAAUAUAAAAAAAUUAAUCCGUUAAGGGUGAUGAAGAGGGAGUCACAAUAUAGUUUUAACGGAUGUGUAAAUAUGGGAAUAUAUAUUCUCCUGUAGCACUUUUGAUUAUUUGUUUUCCAAAAAGGUACGUACCUUAGCUCUUUUUGAAUAUUUUUUAGUCUUCACUUGUUACUAUUAAGUUCUUCAUAUAGUCUUUAAUAACAUUCUUAAAAGUCUAAGGGACUAACACCAUAGGCCAAAAAUAGUGGAAUUUGCACCUUUCAGGAUUCAACAUCGCCAAACCUGUUAAGUAGCCAAGUAGAUAAAACAACUAAACGCUGUCAGUUCAACCGGAGUUUCAAUCCCGGGGGAAAACCAUCUACGUGGGUCGUUUUGUUGUUCUUCCAGUUUUGCAACCAAUUCUUCCUAGAAAGUCCUCAAGAGGCAGAAUGAAAAUAUGCUUAGGCAGAUUUACCUAGUGUGCUUCGCCAUAAUUGAUUAAGCAUUUAACAUUUGACCUUAAAAAUUUAUUUCAUUAGAAAAUUGGCUACAGAGCUCAUCACAAAAUCAAAAUUUUCAUUUUAAAGUCCCUGUAUCUCUUCCUGGAACUUGAAUCUUAUUGUAAACUUAUUUUCCAAUUUCACUUUCACCGUUAGGUACACAUUUUCUAGAAACAAAAACUUGCCGUAGUUUGUUGGUCGUAUCUUUUAAUUUAUUGCAGUAUUUCCUAGAUGUAGUAUAUAAAUUUUUAUUUUAUCUUUUAAUGAUGAAAUUAGAAGGUGAAGACGAAUUAAUUGUAGUGAAGACGAUAUUCAUUGCGUUGAAAAUGAAAUUUGAAUUCGUUAUUAUUUUAAGUAAACACUAUGAAGAAAAGGUAUUCCUUAAUUAUAUAUAUAUAUAUGUUACCGUGAAAGACCGAAAUUGGAGAAUGUCAACUUUCACCAGGAGAAUAUCAACAUU